CCCCCCCCCCCCCCCCCCCCCCCCCCCCCCCCCCCCCCCCCCCCCCCCCCCCCCCCCCCCCCCCAGUUGUGGUCUUAUUCGAUAGGGUUCUUUGGUGUUAUACAGAUAGCUUCUUUGUUAUAAUGAAAAAUCAAAGAGAAAUCUCUGUAGUUUUGCAGAAAAAGUCAGACAUUUUUAAACACGUUUUGAACAGCAAUAAACGCCUUCUGAACGUCUACAUUCGCAAGCGUUCCAGUGUUAUUUGUUAUAUAUACUGUUUAACACUUAAACGAGAAAAAUAAGUCUGACAAUUCAAGAUAAAAGUUUUUACACGGCGUCAUCUACAAGAUUUCGACUGCUCGAGAUUUUUGGCCAAUAGACGCUUAUACAAGUUAAAUCUAUUAAUUAUUUCUAGGGGCGCAUUGAUAUGAGUGUAUAUACAUAUGAUAUAUAUUAUAUAUUUACUUACGUUUACUAUACCUUGACAGGGUCUUAGAUUUUUUUAGAAAUAAUUUAAGCUCUUAUAUUUAUAAAAAUUAUAAAUCGUUACUCUCAUAUAUAUCUAGCGCAAAGACUGUGAUCGUCUUGUACACAACAUGAACAUCUUUUAUUUAGUCGUAUGUCACUUUCUGCGGGAAAACUAUGUAGCCAAAUGAUCUCAGUUAUAGAUAUGUUAUUGUUUUUUUUUCUAGAUAGCUUUUUAGAGUAGUAUAUUCGAGAUGAAAUUUAUCGACAAGACGAAACAAACGAUCUAUUAAAAAGAUUAGAAUCAGAAAUAAAAACUUUUGGUUUUUUAUUCUUACUUGAGAAUGAUCUCAUUAAAUGAAGCGGGGAUCGUGCUCAGCGGCGAUCGUGCAUCAGAAAAAAUGUUAGGAGAAAUCCCACAAGGUUUACAUAAUACAAUGGCUUUGACGUCAUUAGCAAUCUGGUAUAUAUCAAGUGGUGCCACAUUAUUUUCAAACAAAUUUAUUUUAAGUAGUUUUGGUGGUGAAGCUCUGUCGUUAGGCACGAAUCAAUUGGUAGUGAGUGUUAUCAGUGGCUUUAUUCAACUUCAAAUAAUGAAUCGUUUAUAUCCAAAUAGUCAUCGUAAAGAGCAGUCCAUUCAGACUGUACUACGUGAUAUGCUUUUUAUUGGGGCUUUUAGAUGUGUAACAGUCGUUCUGGGACUAUUGUCUUUGAAAUAUAUUGCCGUUUCAUUUGUUUCAACAAUCAAAUCGUCAUCACCGUUAUUUACAGUUAUUCUUAGCAGAAUUAUGACUGGAGAAAAAACAGGUCAUUGGACCAAGUUAUCAAUGUUACCUAUCACUUUUGGUUUAGCUCUUUGUAGUUCAUUUGAAUUAAGUUUUAAUAUUCGUGGAUUUGUAUGUGCGCUUGGAACAAAUGUGUUUGAAUGUUUGCAGAAUGUUUAUUCAAAGUUAUUGAUUAGUGGUGAGCGUUAUCGUUACACGGCUGCCGAGCUUCAAUUUUGGGCAAGUUUAGUUGCUUGUGGUUUCCAGUUACCCUUACUACUGUAUAAUGUGGAUAUUAUAUCGUCUUUAUAUAAAACAUCAACGACAUUACUUUUUAUGUAUAUAUUUAAUGGUCUGUGUUAUCACAUUCAAUCGGUUUCGGCUUAUGCUGUUAUGGCUUAUGUUUCACCAAUAACGCACAGUGUUGCUAAUACGGUUAAACGAGCAGUACUAAUUUGGUUAUCCGUAUUAAUAUUUCAUAAUCCUGUGACAUUAUUGAGUGGUUUUGGAACAAUAAUUGUUAUUUUUGGUGUAAUAUUGUAUAACGAGGCGAGAGAUUUAGAAAAGAAAACAACUGAACAAUCGACAUUGAUUACAUGGAGAGUUAUUUGA